GCAAUGCGGUUGCAUGCAGGAUUGCAUGUUAGGAAGUGACAACAAAUGAGUUCAGUUUAGUCAACAUACACAUCAUUUCUUUGAUAUUAAAAUGCCGUGUCAUUAUUUUUAAUUAGAAGGAUCAUGUUGAACCGUUUAUCAUACUUUAAGAAGAACAAGACGUUGAAGUAUGGCAUUCCCAUGCUGUUGCUUGUCGUUGGAGGUUCAUUUGGUUUGCGGGAGUUCACGCAGAUCCGAUACGAUGCCCAGAAAUUCCGGAAAAAGUUGGACCCAGCUCUUGAGGCCAAAAUAAACCCAGAGAAACAGGCCGUCAUCCUGGAGGAAGAGUAUGAGAAACUUCAGCAAGCUAACUUGGAUGGCUGGAAGAAUAUUCGUGGGCCCAGGCCUUGGGAAGAAUCCAGAGAAUACCAGGAACAGCAGAGAGCACGACUUAACAAGGAACCCUAAUCACACACACACACACACACACACACACACACACACACACACACACACACACACACACACACACACACACACACUGCCAACAGAAGUACUCUGUCCUUUUUCUGAGCAUGGUUCUGCAGUCGUGCAUGUAAACAAGGACAUGUGGAUUCUGCCGUGUUGUGAGGCCUGUGUCUGAUGAUUGACGUGAACUUUGAACUUUCAAAUCACCUGGCCUUUUUUGCUGGCCUUUCAUCAGACCUUGAUGGUCUGCUGUUGGACACAGAAGAUGCCUCAGAGAAUACAAUGGAGUAAAUGAGGCUGAAGAUAGGGUAUGUGUUUUGAAAACAUGGUGACCGCUUGUUAAAGAGAAUGGUUCUGUAUUCGUAGAUUGUGAGAUUGAGUGAGCUUCUUGUGUGCAAGCACAUUAUCAGUGCUGGGGAUAAGUCCAUAGACUUCUGACAUGCAUCUGUGUGACAAACUGAGUUGAUGUCAGUUAUACCACCUGUCCUCCUUUGUGAGUGCAUUAUCAUACUUUUAUUUUAAUAAACAAAGAAAAAAAAGAAA